CUCUAAAGGGUGCUGCUGCUAAUUAUCAGCAAUGUUCAUAGACAACGGGAAAUUGACCCUACUGCUGGUCUUAGUGUCACUGAGUGCUUCGGGCUGCACAACAACGAAUUCGUUGUGCGAGCCGUAUCCUUCACUGGAAUUUAAGGAUGAGGGAAUGCAGUGCUCUGGUAUGAGGGUGACGCAGGUGCCGAGGUUACUGAAGAACAGCCUGCAGAUGUUGCUCCUGACGGGUACAGCCAUCUCGUCUCUGGACAACUCCAUCUUCCGUGGCCUUGAGUUUCCGCAGCUGACGACCCUGUAUGUAGCUCAGGGUAAUCUAUCCAGCGUCGCAGCCCACGCCUUCUGCACCCUGCCGGUGCUGACAAAGCUCUACUUGUCCAGCAACCGGUUGGAUAAGCUAGACGACUUGAGUUUCACCUGUAACAAAUUUUUAAAAACCGUAAACUUGGAGGAUAACCCCAGCCUCCGUCACCUGCCACGACUGGUCAGCUCUUCCGUGGAACAUCUGUACCUGGACAACUGCAACCUUGUGACCAUGGACAUUGCUACCGUGGAGGGGAUGACAGCCCUGAAGGUUCUCUCUCUGGCGGGUAAUCGAGAUCUCCACUGCCAGUCCAUAAAGACGCAGUUCAAGCAGGCUCGGCCAGAACUGCUGGUCAUCUGCGAAUAUUCUGCUGGAGAUCUCCCUUCCUCAACAUUACCCGGCGAAGAGGAAUGGACUUCCGAAAAACCUUGCACUGAGUCAUAUAUACCAGCAAUAGCCUCUGCUGACCCUCACAUUGUGGUUAAUAUAAUUUUUACAACUUUUAUUAUAGUUAGUGCAAUUAUUACAGUCGUAAUUAUUAUUAAAAUUUUUAAAAGUAAUCGUAAUCAUCAUAUAAAUCAAAAUUCAAGUAACCAUAAAUUAUCAUUAAAAAUAAAUAUUUGA